GCAGCAUAUUGGCAUUGCGCGAAGAACAUGGCAUCCACUGCGAUUAUGAUGGACGGAAGCAUGGACGUAGAUGCCGCCGUGGAAAGCCUUCGAGCGCUGAAAUUGGGUAGCGACAUGACAGGUCACAGUCGGAGCAAAGGAGGCGGGUUUGACGAAGUGCACGACCAUGCCGUCCGCGUUCGCGAGCACUACGAAGCGCUGAUGGUAGACCAAGCCAAGCGAUCGCACAUGGUCGCCCAAGAGAACUUGCAGCUCCGAUCGAUGUUAGGGACGAUGGAGAACCAGAAUCAAGCGCUUCGGCAAACGGUGCAUGCGUUGGAGGGGUACCGAGACAAGGCGGAGGCGCAACAGGCACAAAUUGACCAGUUGCAGAACGAAAUGCGGACGCUGAAGCAAUCCAACUACUCGUUGCAGGUGUAUCUCCAACAAGCCGAUCACUCAAGAAGCAUGGGUCAUCUACCUCGACCACCUGAUGUAUAUUAAGUUCGUAACAAUGAAGGGGUUUUCGUUCAA